UUAGCUUCUCCGCCCGACUUGACAGUAGUUCUUGUUCGGCUUUAGCUGAAACUUCAUGUGCCAUGCCCAUGACCGCACUUAAGGGAUCAUGAGACGUUUUGGUCGGCGGACGACACGAAAAGAAGAUAUGUGCGCCUGCUUGAAAGUUAACUCGAGUUUAAGAGAAACGGUAAUCAAAAGUCGUCGGUUUCUUUCCCAUUGAGGGUCGAACCUAGCUAGCGUUACUAGGACCGAAACGAGAAACAACUUCUGCCCGAGUGGCCGCUGCUGGAGCGGGGGAGACAACGACCGCUAUCUGCGCUCUCAAAUAAGCGUUAAAAAAACAAAAAAACAGCAGUUUAUUACAUUGUAAAGACUUUAGAGUAACGUUAGUAGUUAUUUAUUUUCGCCACGAUGCUCAGGCUUUGCCUACAGGGAGCUUUCCGACCGGUUGUACAGAAGUUACCGGCGGCGGGGAUAGUGCCGAGGCUGCCGGGGAUAGGGCGUCACACACCGAGCUGCUGGAUGGGAACACACGGGAGGAACGAGCCGAGGGAGACGCUCAACUCACCCAAGAGAGCCAAAGACUUUAUUUACCGCCUCCAGCCGACGGAGAGGACUUGUUUACUGAAGGAGCUGCAGAGUUUCGAGUCCGUAGCCGUCGCUCAAGAGACCCUGGAGCCCUCGCCGCCGACUGCAGCCCAGAUUAGAUAUGUUUUGUUCCACAACGGCAUCCCCUUUGUUGGAUUUGGUUUCCUUGAUAAUGCCAUCAUGAUCGCAGCAGGAACACAGAUUGAACUCUCCAUCGGAGUCACUCUGGGGAUCUCCACCAUGGCUGCUGCGGCGCUGGGGAACCUGGUUUCAGAUUUGGCAGGUCUCGGUCUUGCAGGUUAUGUGGAGGCUCUGGCUUCCAAACUGGGCAUGCAGGGUCCAGAUCUGACGCCCGAACAGGUGCACAUGUGGCAGACCAAGUUCAGCUCUCACAUGGGCAAAGCCAUCGGAGUGACCAUUGGCUGCAUUUUGGGGAUGUUCCCGCUGUUUUUCCUGGAUGACGAGAAGGAGAAGGACAAAGAGAAAGAAGCACAGCCCUGCGGUGACACCUCGUCUUCCUAACAAGCCACUACAGUCACACACAACACCGUCACACCUACUGACUGGAUACUGCUGAUGUCAACUUUUGAAGUAUUUUACAGUCGGAUGUUUCUCUGUUCAGGCGGCGUUCACACUUCUUCGGUCUCCGAACCCUCUAAAGCGGUUUGUGUCAGCUGACCGUAUUUAGCUCCAUCACAGCUUCAGCUCUCUGUGGCUUCCUCCGACGCACCAAGCUGCGGUAAUUCCACACGGUCUGCUCCAUCAAGACAUGCCAUCUGUUCAUUCAGUAUGUCAAGUUUAUGGGGAUUCACUCGUUUCAGUUUGUCACGAGGGAUGGCUGCUGGAGGGAUCUUAUCAGUUCUGAUUCCUCUUAUCAAUCCCGUUCUUUUUGGAGUCUGUCCGACCGACCCAGUCCGGCCAUUCCUGUAAUUUUCCAAAAACCGACGGUCCGACAUUCACGCCCAUUUCGCGCUGCUGUUGGUCCGCUGCGUGGAAGUGAGAAAAGAGUCUCUGCUUUUUCAUUUCUCACGCAACUAUUUCUGUCACAUUAAUGGGAACAAACUGAGGGCAACACUAAGAAUGUCUUCCAGGAGAGACUGUUCUCUCCAUAUUUGAUCAACGUCACGCCCCUGUCUGUAGCUAAAACAGAGAGCUCAACACACAGGGUGAAAAGAGGAGCUGCAGCAUUGUGCAGUACAACAAAAAAUAUGGUGUUUUUUGAAAAUUAAACCAUGUAAACCUAUUCUGAUAUAACUUCUAAAUACAAUUAUGAAUCUGAAAAUGAGCAUAAUAGGAGCACUUUAAGUUGUUAGAUUUUACUCAUGGAAUGGAAUGCUUACGAAUUACAGAGCUUAACUUUGCGUAGCUUCUUGAACAAAUAGCUCGUGAGAACAGGCUGCCACAACCGAGCGUAUCCCUACCCUUACGGUAGGUUUCCACACAGCGAAAUUUCGCUUUGCUCUCAUUGAGGUUGAAUAGAGACGAAAUUCGCCCUGAUUGAGCGAGAUGAGAGCGAAUUGCCGAGGGGAGCGAAAUAAAGUUGACGAAAGUUUAACUUUAUUCAAAUGAGGACCACUCGAGAACCAAUCAGGUCCGUGUGUUUGUGUUUGGAGGCGGGAGUUACAAAAAAAGUCUGACAAAGAUGGUGGAGGUUAUCAGCGCCGUAUCAUGAAUAUUUUGAUGUGAUUAAAAUGUUUCUACACGAACAUUGGUACUUCUAUCAACACAAAUUGUGUUUUAUAUGACACACAAAAUUAGUUAGGGCACAUACACCACUAGAUAGAUCACUGUACAUGAUCGUUUAAA